AGGGAGGAGGAGGAGAGACGCGCUCCUGCCCCUACGGCUGCUUUGUCCGGGCGAGAAGGUCCACGCACACACACACAUAUAUAUAUAAGGCGGCGGCGGAGGACGAGGAGUACGAGGAGGAGGACGAGGUAGAGAGAGGCGAUGGCCACGACGAUGCAGCUGGGCCGAGUUCUGCAGCAGGCGGCGCGCUGGGGGCUGCUGCGGGGCGCAGUGCGGGCGGGGCCGGGGGCCGCACACCAGCGAGCCGGUGCCCUGUUGACCCCGUGGUGGCAGCGCGGCCUGGUGACUGCAGGCCGCCCCUUGCUGGCGACGCACGCCGACGAGGUCAGCAGUCGCCCUCAGGCCCGGCCGGACGUCGGCAACGCGCGGCCAGGGACACAACUUGACGACAUCAACGAUGGAUUUCAGGCCAAGAUCGACGACAUCGAGGAGCUGGUGGGGAAGCGCGCCUGGGCCGGAGAGUCGGCGCUGGGGUCGGCUUCGCAGCCCCUGGAGGGGCCCGAGGGGGUCGUGUCGGUGCCGUACGAGGAGCUGAAGGCGCUGCUGGCGGCCUCUGCCGUGUGGCUCGUGGACGUGCGCGAGCCCUCGGAGCUCAAGGAGAACGGCACCAUCGAGGGCUGCGUCAAUGUCCCACUGGGGGAGCUGCGGGAGGCUCUGCAACUGUCCCCGCGUGAGUUCCGCGCGCGCUACGGAUCGGAGCUAGCCGCCCCGAGCGCCCCCAACACCGUCUUCCUGUGCCGCGCGGGGAGGCGCAGCAAGGAGGCGCUGCUCGUCGCGCAGAAGCUGGGAUACACCAGGGCUCGGCAUUAUGGGGGAGGCUGGCUCGACUGGGAGAGAAGGGAACAGCAGGCGUGAUGGCCAUCCUCCCCAGCAAGCCACGAACUCCCUGGACCCACGGCACACCCGCCAACGCCACCGUCUUCACGCGAUCCAUUCUGGCCACAAGGGCCGAAUACUAUCCCAUGACACAGACCUAUAUCCUUUCACAAUAGCAGCUGGCUCCUAUCCUUAAACCAAUACCGUUCAUGUGGCUCACUUAACUUCAAAUGAUACGCGAGACCUGGUCCUAGUCCUAAGUCAAAGUCUUUUUUUUAACCACGGUUCAAAUAAGCCUAAAACUUCAAAUGAACCCUAACCAUGACCUUGACUGGCUACAGUAGUUAGCCACGCAGGGCUAACAUCAUGCCUGACUGCGGUUGCCACCACAAUCCUGGCCCGAUUCACUAAGUGUGGCGAAAUAAACGAUGGUCAGGUGGUGGUGUGCGAGGUGGAAACGGUGCGUACUUAUCCUGCUCGCAGCCAAUCGGUGGUGGUCCAACCCCGGUCCAGAACCACCCCAUUCACGGUCAUUCAUUUGUUGCGGCUAAUUGGCCCCAAGUUCAAUCAGCCCCAAGUCGAAUACCGCAGAACGAGUGGUUGUUUUAACCCCUUCCAUCGCCAGCCCAGGGCAGACGGGCAUUGCAUUUUGCUUUAGUUCCACAUCGCAGAAACAAUUGCCGAUUCCCAGAUUCUCCAGCUCACCCUGUCGCUGCGAUGUUCCUCAUUGGUCCACCACUUGUUCGGGAUUUGACUCGGACAGGUGGCAACCACUUGACACGAACAGUCUGGGAUCGGCAUCUUUGUUCGGGUGGCAGGAAUUCCUUCGUAAGUGAGGUCUUCUACCAGUAUUGAUUUGAACUUUCGGAUAACAAAAAACAAAUACUGCACAGUUUCAUUAAACCCAAGUGUUGACUGGAGAAACAUUACCAGGUUUAGUCUAAAGUACAGGGUGGUCCAGAUGUCUUGCGACAUCCCCCUCAAUUAAUUAACCCCGAACAUUUAUUUUUCCUUUGCAUAUUCAUAUCUGUUUAAAAUCAACCUUACUUAAAAACAAAUAUUACGUUUUCGGGAAUUAAAUGGGGGUGAUAAGAAAUCUGGACCGUCUUGUAAAGUGGAAAAGGUGGAUUAGGGACCCGAGCCUCUCUCGCCAUAACGCUUCACCGACCCUAGAGCCCUCUAAAUAACAACACUCGCUCGCCCCGCGAAACACUCGGCCUGGCCACAGCAUUCAUUUGGGAGCCCCGUGACACUCCUCGACGCCCACCCCUGCGUGUGUGUGGCCGUCUUCCUCGAGGGGGAUUUGUGCGUGAGCACGUGGAGGUCGAAUUCCACGGCUGCUGCGCGGACGGCUCUGGUGGCUUUCUCAGCCCGAUUUGCCAGGGCUGCCCUCUAGACAACGCCACGUGAACCUCCCGCGGCUUCUGGCACUCUGGCCGCGAUGGGAGGUCGAACCAUAACCCCGUCACAAAACCGUUAGGGGCCGUCCAUAAAUGACGUCACGCACCUGGGGGGGGGGGGUCAGACAUUUGUGACGAUGUGUGACGAGGGGGGUGUGUUUGAGAAAUGUGACGUCACAUCAAAAUACGCAACUUUAAAUAAAUAUAAACAAGUUCUACUUAAUUAAAUAUACUUUUUAAUAAAUGUUUUCUCCUACAACAUCAGAGUGCAUUAAAUACGCACUACAAUGACAAUAGUUGAAAGCGAUUUGAAGCAUGUUAUAUUUUUGGAGGGGGGAGGGCAGAGCUUUGU